CGGCGGGGGACGUGGGUAUUGCUUACGGCCCCCCUCCCUGGGUUUUUUGCUUCAGAAAAACAGCCAAUAUGAUACUAACUGUCAGGGGUCUGCGACAGUUUGGGUAUGGAAGACAAUUAGGAAACUCCAACUUUCACUGUUGGGUUCCGUCCCCCACUCCGGCGCCUCCUUUGCGACAUUCCCAGGCUCAAAGCCUGCCCGCUGCAAGCGCUCAGCCGCCACUUCCGCUUCCGCUUCCCACCGAGCAAGAUGGCCGAGGAGCAAGAGUCUGUGCUGCAGCUACCUCCCUCCACUGCCGCUGGCGGCGAAGGACUUACGGAGGUCUCCCCAGAAACUGCCACUCCGGAACCCCCUUCUUCCGCUGCAGUCUCCCCGGGGACAGAGGAACCUGCUGGCGACACCAAGAAAAAAAGUAAUUUUGAGAGCAGUUUCUUUCUGGGCAGAGAGGCGGGAGGUUCGGAUUGCAUCCGACCAGGGGUGGUGGCCAGUUAAGAAGCAAAAUUGAGGAGGGUUCGUCCCAGACAUGCAUUUUAAUCAGUCCUCAGAAGAGAGAACGUGCAUUUUCCGGUUCUCCAAAUCUUUGAGUUGCUUUUCUCUCAAAGUCAUCUCUGGCUUGCUUAGGUGCCCUAUGGAUG